GGUCAUUUGUCGCGCUCAAAAUGGAUUUACGUUACAUCAGGGCUACUUUUAAGCUGUAAAGUUGUAACUCGUUUGAAACCUUACAAUGUCACCUAGUCUUGACUAUCAGAUUGUUUUAAGCUCACUCUUGUGAUAUCCCUGAUUGCUUUCAACUAGUUACGUUAUUAAAUGUAGUUUCAUUCUGUGUGGUUACUGGGUCAAUUACUCACUUGUCUUAUUCUUUUCUGUUCUAGAUAGUUUAACAUAAUACUCCUCAAACUCUCCAAGCGCACAAGAUAUCUUCCAGCCAUACUCACACUUACCAAAAGCUGAUCGUGACAACCUAGACCAAGGCUAGAUCUCGUCACGGAUACAUGUAAAUGACCUGCGUGUUUUUUUUCACGGGGAAUUUCAAGCAUUACCCUUCUUUAGUUUUCAGUAGCAAGAUUCGACAAUUUAUUCUCGUGUUAAAGCACUGGCAUUUUGCUAAGUCCAGUCCGUGUGAAGCAUCUUCUAAGAUUAAUGCAUAACGAAGUAAAGUAUGUUGAUAUUUGUUGAUACAUCACAUUUCCUCAGAUCGCAAAGGUUCUGUGGAUAUAAUCUGAAGUUAAAACUCGAAGGAGUUACUACCGUGUCACCCGCCUAACCUUUAAAUCACCACUUUAGGAUAUCGUUUGCUUAGUCUUAUACCUUAAAUUACGAUAAUUACAUUAGUGGUGAGACUAUAGUUUAUGGACGACCUUUGAGCGACGCUAGAUUGACCUUGAGGAUGUGCACCGACUAACCAGAGCUAAAUGAGGGCUAUAAACCAGUGUGGUGAAUUAGAAACUUGAUUUACAGUUAAUAGUUAGGGUUAGGAAUUAAAUUUGAGGUUUUCAUCACAAAUUGACGUAAGGUAAAACGCUUUUUAUGCAAAUGGAUUGUCGAAUCAUGCGUUAACUUAUGUAUGAUUGGUUCGUUCAUAAAUUAUAGUCUCUCCACAUUAGCUGUACAAGUUCAGUACGCUGGUUUCUAGUGCUGGUUAUUGUUAGUGAUAUGUGCGCAACACUGUUGAUGUAAUAAUACUGAUUAAAAUAUGUUCAUCCCUAUUAACACAAUCGUAAUGAAUGGUAAAAUCAGUUUUAUUUAGUCCCCUUUUGUUUUUUUCCAGCUACUGCUUAUUCCAGUCCAGAAGCUUUCCUUAAACAUACCAUAUAUAUGAAGUCAGAUGAAAGAUGUCUUAUUUUUAAACAUUUCCCACCUGAAAUAGCUGAAGAUGAAUGUGUUACUUUUUUAAAAUCCCUGGGGGCAACCACGGCUCAAUAUUUCGGAUGUUCUGGUUCUCUCAAACAUUGCGCCUAUGCGGAGUUCGCAUCUGAACAGCAUGCUUGGAAUAUCAUUAAAAAUCUUCACCAAAAGAAAAUACUGGAUCGGCGUCUUUCAGUUGAAUUCAUCCAAUCUGCGGAAGGAUUAUCUUCAGUUAAUAUCCAAAAGACUGAUCCAGACAAAUCCAAAAAAGAAUGUCUUCCCGUAACCAUGAAUGCUUUUUCUGCUAUGUGGGAUGCAUCUUUCGAAGCUUCUUCACGAAUGUACUAUGAAUAUCCUGUUGCAUCCAUUGAAGUACUGACAAACAUUGUGCGAUCGUUGGCUUCUUGCCCAGCAUUUUAUAAUCAGGUACUCCACAUAAUGAACAAACUCCAUUUACCACCACCAUUUGAAGAUCCAGAACAGUUCCCUGGGGAUUAUCUAGUCAUUUCUGCUUCAGAUUAUGCGAAAAUGCAAACGCUGAUAGAUAAUAUCCAGCGCUUGUCAAAAGAGGAAAAUAAUGAUUCAGGUUCAGUUUCAGAAGAAAUGGAUUUAUCUAGUGGACCGGAGUCUGAACUCGCUUCUGACGAUGAAAAAAAAGCAACUCCUUGUGCACAAAAAAGUAUCUCAGUGAGAAGACGUUUCAAAGUCCGCAAAAAACACCCUACUGUAUUACCUAGUCGUCUUCCUAGGACUUCCAAACGUAAAAACGUUGAUGUUGCUGAUUUAUUCGAAGCACACCAAGCUGCUAAAAAGUUAAACUUGCCAAAGAUUCUUAACGUUAAUUCUCAGCGUGACCAUAGUAAUUCACUUGAUGAAUCUGAAGGUGGAUUCGGACUUAUCCAUACAGAGACUAAAAUAGAAAGACGGCAUUUUCUUGACAAAUCAACCCAGAAUUCUCAGCAAAACCAUGCAUCAAUCUUCUCUAAUUUCCAGCUCCGUAAAGAACAAUUUUCUGAUGAAGAACAUGAAAACCUGGAAGAUUUAAUUCCACUACCAUCACAACCACCUUCGAGUAGUGAAAAUAUGACAAAUGUCACUGAUAAUAACCCGUCUAAUUUCGUAACAGUACUGUCCCUUAAUGAAAUCAUAUCCAAUCGUCUAAAAAAUGAAGAUCGCAAAAAUUAUCCAGUAUUUGCUAAAUAUGAUACUGGAACUACCACCUCUCGUCUGUAUGUCAAAAAUUUAUCUCAAACGGUUACAGAAACCGAUUUGUUUGCAAUAUUUGGGGUAUUUUCAAAUGGACCUGUGAAUGACAGUAGUUGCAAACCAAGGGUUCCGUUGGACUCAACAGAGUGUUUCUCAAUAAGACUUCUGACUGAAGGUCGAAUGAAAGGCCAGGCAUUCAUCGGCCUUGCAUGUGAAUCGACUGCCAAACAAGCGUUGGAAGCUACAAAUGGUUAUAUGCUAUAUGAUCGUCCGAUGGUUGUUCAAUUUGCUAGAGGUGCUAAAGCAAAACCAGAUGAAAAAAGUUUAUUAUUAUCGAAUUAAUGGUUUUGAUAAUUCAUACCUUCAGGAGGAUUCACAUCCAAAGUUUGGAGUUCGCAUAUGAUCAUUUCGUUAGGAACCAAAUAAUUGUAUAUGUUCUAUGUACAAAUUGUAAAUAUGAGAACCAAUAGCAUAUUGCGUUGUAACAGUUUUAUGAUCUGUCACAAAUACAGCGAUUUCAGUGAAUCUAAUAAACAAUAUAGUUAAUGAGCAACGAAAAUAUUAAGAAGCAUCCAUUUCCAUUGCCUACUUUUGAGAGACGUUUCCAUUCUUGUAACUACUGUGAAAGUGUUUGGAAUUGACAAAUAAUCAAUUUCAACCAUAUUCAUAGCCGUUCAUCUCUUUGUCGAAGUAUGAUAAUCCUGUUCACGAUUAACUGAUAUAUAUAUAUAUAUAUAUAUAUAUAUAUAUAUAUAUAUAUAUAUAUAUAUAUAUAUUGGAAUAAUGGUAAUGUCAUUAACACCUCUAGUCAUCUCGUGAUGUAAAGGAGGUAGUUUACGUUACUAUGUAAUCUGUUUACAAACCAAAAAAUUAUGUGCUUAGC